AUGGAUGUUAAAGAAGGUGAUGGUGAGACAAGUAAGAAAAAAGUUAGACCUGCCGUACAGUUGUACCGGCCUGGAAUGCUAAAAACAGGCACCGAUAUAACUGUUAAUAAGCCUAAAGUUGAACAUCGAAAUGUUAAUGUAAAUAGCAGUAAUGUAUUGAAUGCUAAUUCUAAAAGACCGCCGAAAGUCCCACUAACCGAUAACAGUUAUAAGCAAAAACAGUACCAAGGAACUUCUGGUUGUAGUGAUGCGCAGAGCGUGCGUCUCGGAUCUCGGUACUCAAGUACAAGAGGUAGAGGACGGGGUCGAGGUGGUGGGGGUCGAAGAGAUAGAAAUUUUGAUGAGCACUCUUUGGAAUGUAAUUCGAUAUCCAGCAUUGAUGGUAAUUUUACGUGA